CGAUGACGUAGACGCGCUGUCGGGCUCUGAGCUGUCUGCGGGAAGCAUGUGGGGCUGCGGCGCGCUGGUGGGGGCGCGAGCCGGGUCGCGGAUGCCGCACGAGCUGUUCCUCGCUUGGCACCGCGGCUGGUCUGCCGCAGCCCCCUACUCCGCAACUGCCGAGCCCUCCCGGGUCCGGGCGCUGGUCUAUGGGCAUCACGGGGACCCAGCCAAGGUCGUCGAUUCAUAUGGCAUCACAGGUGUACAGCCUUGGCCUCAAAGGAGCCAUUGUGAUCUUAUCCAGUCUGGGAUCUGUUGAGUGAAGACAGUGGCAUCCCUCCGAGUUGCCUGGCGCCAUUACACACACAGGGGAAGGCCGUGAACCGUCCCGGGGAAGUGACUUGAGAUCUAGCCAGACUAUGUUUGGGUGCCUCAUUUGCACUCCAGAACAGAGCCACCGGUUCCUUUGGCUGAAGAACCUGGAGCUAGCUGCUGUGGGCGGAUCAGACGUCCAUGUGAAGAUGCUGGCAGCCCCUAUCAAUCCAUCUGACAUAAAUAUGAUCCAAGGAAAUUAUGGCCUCCUUCCCAAGCUCCCUGCCGUUGGAGGGAAUGAAGGCGUUGGACAGGUGGUAGCAGUGGGCAGCAGUUUGACUGGGGUGAAGCCAGGAGACUGGGUGAUUCCAGCCAAUGCCGGUUUGGGAACCUGGCGGACGGAGGCUGUGUUCAGUGAGGAAGCAGUGAUCAGCAUUCCAAGUGACCUCCCUCUUCAGAGUGCCGCCACCCUGAGUGUCAAUCCCUGCACGGCCUACAGGAUGUUGAUGGACUUCGAGCAGCUGCAGCCAGGAGACUGUGUCAUCCAGAAUGCAUCCAACAGUGGAGUGGGGCAAGCAGUCAUCCAGAUCGCCGCAGCCCUGGGCCUGAGGACCAUCAAUGUGGUCCGAGACAGACCUGACUUCCAAAAGCUGACUGACAGACUGAAGAGUCUGGGGGCCGAGCAUGUUCUCACAGAAGAGGAGCUAAGGAAGCCUGAGAUGAAAAACUUCUUUAAGGACAUGCCCCCGCCGCGGCUUGCUCUCAACUGUGUUGGUGGGAAAAGCUCCACAGAACUGCUGCGACACUUAGCGCCUGGGGGAACCAUGGUGACCUACGGGGGAAUGGCCAAGCAGCCCGUCAUAGCCUCUGUGAGCCAGCUCAUUUUUAAGGAUCUCAAACUUCGAGGCUUUUGGUUGUCCCAGUGGAAGCAGGACCACAGUCCAGCCCAGUUCAAGGAGCUGAUUCUCACGCUGUGCGGUCUCAUCAGCCGAGGCCAGCUCACAGCCCCUGCCUGCUCCGAGGUCCCACUGCAGGACUACCAGCGUGCCUUGGAAGCCUCGAUGCAGCCCUUCGUGUCUUCAAAGCAGAUUCUCACCAUGUGCUAAUCGCAGAGGAGCCAGAGCGAGGUGGGAGAGGAGACAGAUCAGCCGGACUGGUUUCUGGCGCCUCGGUUUCUGGCCCCCUCAGCCUUCCACAGGCUGUCCUUUCUUCCAACUGGGAGGGUUGUGCAGCCAGCCAAGGCUUGCCCCAGGGCCAGCCCCAGGGUGUCUAAUAAAGUGAACUUCCGAAAAACAAACACAUACAAACCCAUAGAAGUCAUCCCUGUCAAGAAGGACCCUCAUUGUGCACCUGCUAAGAAGCCCCCUUGCCUGUCCUCCACUUGUCCCCCAGCGAUGAUUUCCUGACCACCUGGAAACAAAGUAUGGGUGGGCACUGGCAGGUACAAAAGCCAGUAGGACACAGGCUCCACCCUCAGGCUCUCUGCAGAGGAGCAAAAAGGAACAUGUGACUCACUCUGGGUGGUGUGUGGCUCAGUCUGGGGCAGGAGGAGGAUCUACACGGGAGAGAGAAUGUCAGGCUGAGGAGCCAAGGAGGUGGGCACUCAGGUCGCCGGACCAAGCUACGGGAUGCCUGUUCUAACUGGGCACAUGGUUGUUACACCAGUGCUUCUCAGCCCCAAGUCAUUUUACCCCCAGGGGAUGUUUGACAGUGUCUGGAGACAUUUUUAGUCAUCACUGAGAGGAUGUUAUUGGCAUCUAGAGGGUAGAGGUGAGUGAUGCUGCUCAGACAUUUUGUGGUGCACAAAACAGCCUUCCCCAACAGAGAAUUACCCAGCCCAGAAUGUCCCUGAUGCCGCGGCUGAGAAACCCAGCAUUAAACUAAGAUUCCUACAACAAC